AUGAAGGCCAAGUCUGUAUUUCAGACCAAAGCAAGCAUUGAUCCUUUGUAUGCGUUGGGGCUUGGUGCAAUGGCAUUCAUCAAAGCAAUCAUGACUUACCAUGACUCAGACAUCGAGAUAGCAAUGAGCGCGCUUGCAACUGCUUAUACCAUUGCAAAAACCCAAAUCGAUAAUACUUCGUUCAAGAAACCAUUCAAAGAUACCGUCAGCCAAUAUUUCACAUCACUGCUUUCUUCCAACAACACAGGCUUGCCUACCAAUCCACCAGCCAUGUCUAUGCCCAACAGCAGUGGCGGUAUUUCCGAUCCCAGCGCAUUCAUUCCAAAUGGUGUUUUGAGAGCGCAUGUCGUGAAAGCAGAAUGCUGCUUGUUGAUGGGUAUUCUUCAAAUGACUCAGGAGAGCGUUGUGGGGUAUCUCAAGUGUGGUUUGAAUAUCAGAAGAGCUUACAAUAGCUACGGCGUUGUGUGGCAAGAGUACAAGAGAAUGGGGCAAGAGUACACAAAAUAUAUGGAUCGUGAUACUGUGUCAGCUAUCCAGUUUGGUAUUGGUGCAGUGCAUCUGAUUCUAUCAUCCAUGCCUCCCAAGAUCCUCAAGAUCUUUUCUGCCCUUGGGUGGAAGAGCGAUAAACAGCUGGGAUUUGCAUUGCUCAAGUUAUGUCUGGAAGGAAGAGGUAUCCGUGCUCCCUUGGCAUCGCUCACAUUGUUGGCCUAUUAUUCCGUGUUGACAUCAUUUGCCCCUCAACUGUACUCCAAAGACAUGAUGAGCCCUGCUAUCGAGUGUUUGCUAGAUGCACAGAGCAACCAUCCCAACUCCUGCUUCUUUUUGUUCUUUGCAGCUCGUAUUGCUCGAGUAGCACGAAACCUACCUCUUUCAACUCAGUCUUUUACAUUUGCUGCUGAGUCAAGCCGAGGUGAAUGGGCGGAAGUAGCCAUGAAACAAAUGUCAGACUACGAGAUUGGAUUCAAUCUUGCACUGGAGCUCGAUUGGGCAGGUGCUGCAAGCUACUUUGAACAGCUGAGCCGUGAAAACUACUGGUCGCCCGCAUUCUCCAAAUUUUUUGUGGGCACAUGCCACGAAAUGAUGGGUCAGCGUACGGAGGCCAUUUUAGCAUUUGCCGAGGUCCCAGCACUUGCCGAAGAACUCGUCAACGGUAAGAAAACGUACAUUGACACCUACGUUCUCAAAAAGGUAGCCUUCUUCCAGAAGAGUGGAUAUCAAGACAUGGAUUUCAGCUUGCCCGCCCUGGAAAUCUUGUUGGUCAUGAAUGCUUUUGAGCACAUGGAAAAGGAGAGCCUUGAAAAGUGCCUGGAUCUGGUGCAACACACUCUAGAGUUGAUUUACGAGAGAGAAAAGAUGGAGUACAACAUUAGACUUCGGGAAUUGGUGCCUAUCACAACACCACCCGAUUAUUACGACCAAAGAGCUGUUCUACUAUUAGUCAAGGCUUCCGUGUUAAACUCACUCGGCAGACACGACGAAACGAUUGCUCAUUUGAACUGGAUCCUGGAUCAUAAAGAGUGCGUCAAGGAGGAGAACUGGGUUAUACCAUUCACAUACUGGGAAUCUGGCGUCACUAGUUGGGGCCUAGGAAACUACAAAAAGAGUCGCAAACUGUGGCAGUUGGCCAUGUCAUGCACAAAAUAUGAUUUUGAGUAUCGCAUGGCUGUCAGAUUGAGUUUGUCCCUGAGCAAGUGUGAUGAGAUUGGUGUUCCUCACAUUGAUAGUAAAGAAAUCAAGGGAUCUUCAACAAAUGGAAGAAAGAGAAUGCCCAUAUUGAGCACCUAUUAG